ACAACACCGCUCGGCGGCAAGCUCGACCCCAACACUGCAAAGAGUUUGUCGAGCUUUCAUUAAUCAUCGUAGCAACAGCAAAUUUAUUAUCUCCCUUUUCUAGCUCUUGGGUCUAUAAUUCCACUUCACCUCAAGAGCCAGGGUUCACUCCCUUCUUUCCUACCAUCGACAGUGUACGCUUUACAGAAAGGAGAGAGGGAAAGAAAAAGAAGAAAAGAUUUUUUUUUUUAAAUACGUUGGUGUAAACAAAAAAAGCACGCGGCUGUGUAAGGACGCCGACAUUUUGGUUCAGGGAGGGUCACGAGACUGGUCCGAGAGUUGGCAAAAAGCUCUGGUGCGGGAAAGGGAGGUUGGUUUCAAAACUCGCGGCGCCUCGGAUGUGUGAGGACCAUCGCUGGGAGGCAGCAGGCGGCAGGCGGCGCUGCGUUGUUGUGUGUGGCUUGUCACGACGCACCGCGGCACACUCCUCCGCUGGACUUGAUGCCAAGACUUGGAGUAAACCAGGAAUAUACCGUGCAACCAUGUCACCUGAGCGGCUUUUCUGCUGGACUGUUCUCUGCCUGUGCUUGGGCGGCUCGGCAGCGUCGUCUCUGACAUCUGCAUUUCAACUCGCUCUCGUGGUGUCAUCGCUUCACGCCCCAGCAGGCGGCCGGACGUUUGAUUCAAUGGGAGGAGACUCAGAGGAAACGUUUGGAUCAAAGUCCUCCAUUCUGGACCCGAACAGGAACUCCGUGACAGGCGAUGGCUACAUCAGUCUGGACAUCGCAAUGCGAAACGUCACCAAGUACCGGACGCAGCAAGUGCGCCUGCGCUGCGAAAUCUCGGGCAACCCACUUCCGUCGUACACCUGGUAUAAAAAUAGCACACCUCUACGUGAUAACGACGACAACGGCCGCAUCAGCAUCCGACCCACUAUUUGGGGGUCAAGGUUACGUUUGGAUGACCUGCGGUCCUCAGACACGGGCUACUACACCUGUAAGGCCAGCAACAACUUUGGGGACAAGGAUACGACAGGCAUCCUCCUUGUGAAAGAUGAAGAUCCUCCACCGGAAGCCCGCGACAAGACCAGCAAGACGAAGGACAUGGAUUCCGAUACAGACUUUCCCUCCUUGUUGCCAGGCGAAGACGAUGAGGAUGUGGAAGGAUUCAAUGGCAGAUACGACUCUAGUCUUCUUCCUGGAUCGGACGAGAAGGAGGACAAGGCGGAGGGCUUCUGCCAGACCUACCGGGGCAGCACCUGCUCCAAGUUUGUGGGCAACAUGAGCAUCUACGUGCAGUCAAAGUUCACACAGGGAAUGAACGAAGAGAAGUUUAUAGCUGCAUUCGCUGUGAUCGCCUCCUCCAACCACCUGUCGUCCCGCUGCCAAGAGUACGGCAUUCCCUCCCUCUGCUUCCAUGCCUUUCCCCUGUGUGACGACUCGGGGGACAAACCCAAGCCUCGGCGCAUCUGUAAGGACGAGUGUCAGAUCCUGGAGAGCGACGUGUGCAAGACAGAGUACAUCCUGGCCAAACGACACAAACUUAUUGGUGACAGUCUGCUGCCCAAGUGUGACACGCUGGACGAACCUGACUCCCCUGAGGGCAAGAACUGCGUGCGCAUCGACGUCCCAAACUCGGAGCGAGUCAAUGAGAGGCAAGAAUGUUACAACGGGACAGGAGCCAAGUACACGGGUCGAGUCAGCCAGACCAAGUCCGGCCUCAAAUGCCAACAGUGGAGCUCAGACACCCCCCAUGCCCAUUCUUUCAAGUCUUCGAAGUUUCCGGAACUUGCGGGAGGUCACAACUACUGCCGUAACCCUGGCAACACCAUGAGUGGCCCCUGGUGCUACACCACCAGCGACAGCGUUCAGAAGGAGCUGUGCGACAUCCCACAGUGCCCAAGCGAGCCAGCGGACAAUAACAAACUAAUGUUCAUCCUCGUCCCCACCAUCACCAUUCCCUUGGCUCUCGCCAUACUGCUGGCCAUCGUAUGCUUCUGUCAACGAAGUCGUUCACGCUCAACAGGCAGCCGCCACCACCACAGCACCAACGGCAAGUCAGGCCAGCCUGUGGAGCUUAGUCCCCUCAACCCCAAGACCAGCACUAGAGCCAAGGAGUUCCCUGCACAGAACAUCCGGUACUUGCAGGAGUUGGGUGAAGGAGCAUUUGGAAAGGUUUACAAAGGAGAGCUGGUAGGACUCUAUGGCGAUAACAGUGUUACUAAAGUAGCCAUAAAGACUUUAAAGGAGAAUGCACUGCCAAAGGUCCAGAAUGACUUUCGUCGAGAGGUUGAUGUAAUGUCAGAAAUGAGGCACCCAAACAUAGUGUGCCUUCUUGGUGUGUGCAUGCGGCAGGAGCCCAUGUGCAUGAUCUUCGAGUUCAUGGGGCAGGGCGACCUCCAUGAAUAUCUCAUCAUGCAUUCGCCUCAUUCAGAUAUCUCGGCUGUUGAUCCAUCCAGAGCUGGAGGCACAUCAAAGACACUGGAGUAUCCAGACAUGCUCCACAUCUCCACACAGAUUGCUGCUGGGAUGGAGUACCUUGCUUCACAUCAUUUUAUUCAUCGGGAUCUUGCAGCAAGAAAUGUGCUUGUUGGUGAUGGUCUAACAAUCAAAAUCUCAGACUUUGGAUUGUCCAGAGACAUCUACUCUUCUGACUACUACCGUGUGCAGAGUAAGUCACUGUUGCCAGUUCGCUGGAUGCCACCCGAGUCCAUCUUGUAUGGCAAGUUUACCACUGACAGUGAUGUCUGGUCUUUUGGUGUUGUUCUCUGGGAAGUCUUUUCCUUUGGACUUCAGCCCUACUUUGGAUACUCCAAUCAAGAGGUUAUUGAAAUGAUUCGCUCUCGCCAGAUCUUGCCUCAACCUGAAGACUGCCCAGCACGCAUCUAUGGGCUGAUGGUGGAAUGCUGGCAUGAAAUGCCUUCUCGUCGACCAUCAUUCCGGGAGAGCCAUGCAAGAUUGCGAGCGUGGAAGAGUGAGCUUGUGGCAGCGCAGAACCCUCACUGGAGUUUGUCGCAGAGCCAGUCAGCCCACUCAUCUAGUACCCACCAGAGCUCCCAGUCCCAGCCCUCACACCACAGCAGUACUGGCCCCAGCAACACCACUGCGCUGACUGGGCUCACUGGCAGCAGCAACACAUCUGACCCCAACUCCAUGGGUGCAGGUGUGCCUGGCAACAAUCAGCUUUCUCAGGCACAGGCCAAUCUGCCCCACCCAUGCUGCCACAGCACAUGAUGGGUCAACCCCAUCCGCAUUUUACCCAGGGUUAUGCCCCUCCUCCUGGUCAGGUGAUGUCCAUGCUGCAUCCUAUGAUGGGAGCUCCACCCCAUUAUGGAUUAGUACGAGGAGGCGAGGGAGGACAGCCUGGUUCUGUGAUGGGUGCAAAGCCUCCAGGUUGUAAUGGUUACCCCUCCAACCUGAACAAGGCUUCCCCAGCUGGCUCUGUCACCAGCUCCAAAUCCUCCAACAGUGGUGGGUCCAGCACCAGUGGGCCUACCAUCCUGCCCGCAAGAAACGGGCCUACGAACAUGCCUGGCAGCAAUGUGGCCAACGUCAACCCGAACAUGCGCACUGCCAACUCACAGCCUCCUGUCAGCUCUGCCACAGACUGCAACAAAUUCAACAACUUUUUGCCACACAAUGCCUACAUUCCAGACCAAAGGACUUCAGAUAUCUGAAUGUCAUAGGCACAAUGUCUGUUAGUAGGCCUUUUUUUAGGAGUGGUACUACGAAAAGGCCCAUCUAGUCUGAGAAUGAGAAGUGUGGGGGUUGGGCUAUUCAAACACAAGACCCAUCUAGUCUUUUGAGAGAGCAGAGAGCUCAAGGACAUGUGAACAACACUUAACUGUUGUGGGGGAGGAUGGGGGAAGGGGGAGGAGAUUUGAAGGCGCUGCACAGAGUUCUAUUCAAGUCUGAAAGUGAAGGAUUCGGAACACUCCUCGCUGCCAUGUACUCGCUCAUUUUGUCUCAUUUGACAUCAAAAUCAUUCUUGGAGCACAGACACGCAGUCAGCUUACUUCUGGCCUGGGAGGGAAAAUUCAAGGUCCAUUUACUGCUGGGACAGCAGUAGACCAACAAACAUCUAGUUCUCUUUCAGACAUUUUCAGUGGUUUGUAGGGUGCAAAAGUUAGUGUGGUAGCAGGAAUUUCACUUUCUUGAAUGGGAAGGUGGGUGACAUCCACACCCAUGCGUGUGCAAACUAGGAGCAGUACAUUAAAAUACUGCACUUGCUGUGAUACUGCUAGACUAGAAUGAAACAAAUGAUGGCAAAGUGCUCUGUGAAUUAUCUUUUUUUAUUUUAAUGCAGACUUUCAGUGCUCUUAACCAGCUACCAGGUUUCUGUAAAGGCUUUUGAUUUGUUAUUGAUGCUAUGUAGUCUUGGACAAUACAGAAAAAGAAUAUGGAAAUAUGACCUGGAACUGUAUUUCUUUACUUUUGGAGAUGGGGAAAGAAUGUUAAUAAUUUUCAUUAUUAUUCACAGCCAUUAAUAUGACCAUCAUUAUCAGAUAUUCAAGACAGUAAGGUGCUCUUUUUUUUCCAUCUUUGGUGACAAGCGAAAAGAAAGUACAGCACUCUCUGCUGGUUGCUGAAAUAGCUGUCUGUAAAUGUAAAUCUGUAAAUGUUUUCAAAUUCAAUUCUUCCAUCAUCUUUUUACUUUUUUAUAUAAAAGGUGGUUGAUGGAGUGAGAUGUGAAUUUAAAAAAUUACCAUCCCACUUAUGCUUUGUAGCUGAUGCUAUGAAUGCAUACCACAUUUAAAGCUAUUAUGAAAUGAUUUUUGUAAGGAUUUUCUUAAUAAUCAAAGCAUUGCAUAGCUAAUGAUUUUAAUAUUCUGUCUUCCUGUAGUAACUUUUCUAAUAUUUUGCAAAAUGCAGGUUUUUGUAAAAUCGUAAGUACCAAAAAAAGGUUUCUGCACUCAGAUUAAUAAGGAGCUAAAAGCUGCUGAUUGUCCAAAGAAUUGUUACCUGUGGGUUUCCAUGAUGGUGCUAUUGUCUAUGACAGUUCAAUGCAUGCAUUUUGUGUGUUCUUCAGCCUCAAUUUGUUGAUAAUGAAAUGUCCACUGAAUGAACAUUUCAUUGUUUGUUGAGUUGUUUCAGUUUCAGACUCUAGCAAAAAUGCAACCAAGUAUCCACUGGGUCAGAAUUUCAUCAUUUGCUGUUGAAUUUUACUUUCAAUGCAAAAAAAUACAAAAGAAUGUUGUUGUCCCUGCUUAAAUCACAACCUGUCAAAAUACUAAACUAAGGAGAAGUAUCUUUUUUUUUUUUUACGGUGUAUAAUGCUUUCUUAAGAAAACAGUUCAGUGUGGUGUUUACAUUUAAGGAAAAUUUGAAAGCUAAAUUAAAAUCCUUUGCAUACAGUCAUCCCUGAAGGCAGAACAUGAGGCUGACCUGAGAUCGUUACACUUCCUAUGUCAGAGGUUUCAUUAGGAAGAAAAUGUAAAUCUACUCCUUGAAUCAGUUGUAACUUUCCAGAAUCUUAACUUGCUGAGAUUUUCUCGUAGUUCUAUGAGCUUUUCAAGUUUUUGGUGGUGUGUUGUUCUUAUGCUUGGCUGUGGAAGCUGGCUUUCUCUUCUCGACACCAGGUAAGGUGCAGAACUGGGAAUUUUGUGCAAAGGUUUAGUAAGUCUUCAGUGUGUUCUAAUGGCCUUAAUACAUGAGCACUAUUGUGAUUACAGCUAUGACAUGCAUAUGUAACUUUCUUAAUAGCCACUGUUAAUACACUAUCUGACAGACUGAUAAUGUGUUUGGUUUUAUCUGCAUAGGUUGAUUACAUCUGUAUUGGAUUUUCAAGAAAGCUUUUCAGAUAAAAUUUUCUUUGGUCAUUAAAUUCUUAAAACCAUCUCAGGAUGAAGCUGUUGAACAUAGUGCCAGAAGAAAAAAAUUAAUAAGUUUAAAAGAAGCGUAAGGGUGUUUUCGAAUUAUAUCUGAAAAGCAGUAUGCGCCCUGGCUAAUCAGAAACCCCAAGCAGCAACUGAAAAGACUAGUCCUAUGAUGAAUGGCAAAUUCUGUGAUUACAAAAUGCCAUUAGCCACACCACCUGCACAAAAAUAUCAGUUGAUUACAUCGUUAUUGUAGAAUGCCACAUAUUUCUUCUGUCCAGAUGGUCUUAUCAGUCACUGGUGCACCUAAUGCUUUCAAAAUCAGUUUUUCAGUUCUGCAUUUAUGUGUCUGCACAUACAGGUUCGUGUUCAGGCAUGGAUACAUGUGCAUGCAUAUUUGUUGCUUUGGUUUGUUUCCUAUUAAACCUUGAAGCACUUCAUGUCCACAUUGUUCUGGACAGCAAGGCCGCCUCACAGCAUGUUCAGUUUAUGUACAUAGGCAGCUGAUUGUCAGCUGACAGACACAUCAUGACAGUAAAGCUGUAACACUCCAUCAAGAGUAGCUUAAGACCAGAAAGAUUGAAGGAAAGCUUUGGCUUGCAAGGUGCCAUUUGCUAUUUACCAAAACAAAGCAUCUUUAAGGGGCACAGACAGGAAGUUAUGAUUCCAAAUUAAGCAGUUUUUAGGGGAAGAAGCUCAGAGUGCACAAGAUGACUAGAGAAAAGCAACUGCAAUAAAUGAUUUUGACAAGAUAUAACAAUAUUUAGUCCACUAAUUUCAUUUACUGGAUAUAGCAUUGUCACAUUUAGGACUGAUCAUGCCUUUUCAAUCUUCAUUAAAUGGUUCAGUAUUCUGCCGCUUUCAUAAUCAUGCAAACCUUUGUUGUUGCAUGGUUAUACUUUGCGUUGCAUGGCAGCUUAUUGCCAAUAAAUUUCUUAUGUUGUAGUAGAUUUUGUAUUUUUGUUAUUUAUUUUGUGAUGGAUGUCUAAGUUUAUUAAAAACAAGCAUAAUAUCUGUGUACCUUUUAUAACAUAAGCAGUAUAUACUGUGUAAGCCUUCUGUGUUCUUGAAUGUGUGUCCAGCAGGUUAAUUUUAGUCAAUGCAAGAAAAGUGCUUGUUGGUUAAAAAAGAUGGUCUGGCUGCUGAUAGAAAAGUGAGAGACAAACUGGUUGUUCUUCCGCUCAGUGUGGAGACGUUUUUUUAGGCGCACCAAAACAGAACUGUCACAGGUUUUAUUAUUUCCUGACAAGAGGAUUGUUGUCCAUGCAUUAGAAUAUUUGCAUAUAAAAAUAGUCAAAUAAAAUUUUGAUUGCUGAUGUGUGGCAGAUCAAGUUAUAUGGUCAAUACACAUAAAACAAAAUAUUAAAGUGUAUUCUAGAACAAUAAUAUUAGACAUACUGCUUUCAUCAUAGAUGUACAAAGAAUGGUGACUGCAAAUACAAGAUUGAAUGUUCUGGGUCUUGUACACAGAAUAAUGAUGAGUGCCUCUUAGAUGUACAUGUGUACAACAUUUUCCCCUGACUUAGAAGCUCAUACUAUUUAUAAACUAGGAUAACCAGCACCCAGCUUCCUUGACUAUGAGAGGAAACAUUGCUGAGCUGGAAUGCUAAAGUAGCAAUGUGAAUGAAACACUUGCAAGCUUUUAAAUGUAUACCUAUAUAUAUAUAUGUUAACACCUUUUAAAAUAAGUACAUGAGAUGUUUGUGUGAAAAUUAGUGUUGAGAGAGCAAGCAAUUCAACACAGACAACUGUUCCAUGAAGGUGUAUUUGUGCCCACAGUCUAAUUCGUCCCCAGUGAUUUUGGAUAAUGUCUGAAAGCUCAUAUUAGUUCCCAGACCAUUAUGCAUGUUGAACACUUGUAUUUUUGUCCAGGAAUCAAGUGCUAGUAUUCUGUUCAAAUUUGAAAAGAGCUUCUCAAGCAAAAGGGUUCAAGAAUCAAUCUUUGUGCUUAAUUCGUUUCCCUUCUACUAUGUUUUACAUUUUUUUUAAAGUGCAAAUUCCUUUCAACUAUUGUAUCAUUUGUUUAUCUUUGCCUGAAGGAUGAAUGAAGCUGAAAUUGCUUCAACACUGGACUAUUUUCAUGUUGUUAUAAGUUCCCACAUGUUCAUGCCAAAUGCUGUCGGAUCAUAUGAUGAACAUUGAGGAUGAACCUAAUGGCUCAUUCAUGAAUUUCAUGGCCUGCUCAUAUUAUUUUGAUUCAUGUAACAUUCACAAAACAUUUCUAUACUUACCCAAUUUCAUCCCAAGAUUGUGACAUUUAGCUUUAAACAAUAAUUUAUUGAAUCUUGACAGUUAAUAAAGAUUAAUAAGUUCUCAAUUAGUUCAGGCUGUAUCAAUUUAGGCAAAAACUAGCAUGAGCUUGAUUUUGAGCUGGCUUAUUUUUUCCUGUAAUGUACACAAGACAAGCUGUAAUUUAUGAGCAUUCUGUUCCUGUAGCUGUUUAGUCUCCGCCAUCAUGUUCUGAUCUUAAACAAGGUGCUGCCUUUAGUUGCCUCAUGCCAGCUGUUUUAGCUAUGCCAACUUCAAUAUAUUCUGUCACCAUCUUAUUUGAUUUUUUUAAUAUAACGUAAAUGAUGCUAAAUACUCUUAUUAAUUAAAAUUAAUAGUACUUGAAAAGGUUACACUGAAGGCCUCUGCUUUCAUCUACAAGAGAAUUCUGGAGCUUGAAUAAAAUAUAUUGAAUCAUCCCUAUGAACAAUUGUUUAACCUUGAACUUCAAGUGCUCAACCAGGAACAUAUCUGAAAGAAGAGUUCUGUCACCACUGUGUGACAUACACCUGGCUGUGGUGACAUCAGACUGCAUGUCCACAUUACACAAAUUCAUGAUUCAAGUGUUCGAGACUCAGAUAUUGCUUGUGUAUCAAUCAAAAGCUGUCAUCAAGAUCUUAUUUAUGUAAAAACCAAGCAUCACAAGAACUUGGUUAAAUAUUGCUGGCUAUGAUGGUGUUAAUGAUUAACAUGUUUUUUAAUAUGGGAAUGUCAGUAAAUUUUUUGCUUUUGUCAAUCAAAUAAGAACUGUUAAUCAAACCUAUGCAUACUGUAUAUUUUACUGUGAUUUUACUGUUCUUAUUUGUGAGAGAUUUGCCUUAUUCUGCUGUAGUUCAGAGUGGAAAUGCACUCUUAGCUCGUGAGAUUACAGCAUUGUCUUGCAUUUAUGUGCAGAAUGAAAGCGCUGAUGAGCUAUUUGGCUUAUCACAUUCAAGCAUUCUGAUGACCAAUACCUUCUUUAAUUGUCUGUCAAAACAAUAUUCAAUAUUAACACACUGUUGUAGGCAUUGGACAAGCUCGGAUAAAAUAAUUAAGCCCUUAUUUUAAAUUACUUCGUAAUUUUCUAUUUCAGGUGUAUGGCUUUAAAUUUUUCAGCCAUUUGUUAUAAUGAGCGAGUUGAGGAAGCUUGGAGGCAAGGUGAUAACUCUGAACAUGAAAACAUUUCAAAAGCAUCUUUAAGGGAAAAUACUUUUCUUACAUUCUUUUUUUCAAGCAAACAUGUAAACACAUGCCAGAUACCACUAUACACAUUUCAGUCUCUACAACUGUCACAAAGCUUCUACUUCAUUUGCAUUACUUCAUAAAUAGGAUUGAAGACAUUCACAGUCUAUGAAUCAAUCACAGAUAUGUAUCAUUAUAUUGCUCAUUUUUAACAUAACCAUAGACAUUUAACACUCAUAAAUCGUGGACACUUGCAUACCAAUGCAUUAUUUGGCAAAAAUACUUAGUUUUUACCUGUUAAUAUGUUAUUGUACAAGGUAGAUAAUCCACUUCUAUUCAAAGCUUGAAAAAUGACCAAACUGAAGUUUUUCUCUUAAAUGGAUGCAUAAUGCCUUAAUCUAGUUCACAUGAAUCAACCAAAGAUACGGCAGUAUUACAAAGUCUGAAAUUGAACCUGUACUCGCUCACAGUUGUAGACGUUUUAUUCGUAACAUUUUUUAAUUCCCUGAAAUUUUCUAAGUAUUUUUUUGUAGGUGAGGGAUUGUCUUAACUGGUAAACUGAAUAAUAUUUAACAUGCCUGUCAAAUAAAAUGAAGGGUAAGGGAUACUGUAAAAGCUCCUGAUUAUAUGUAUUUUUUUUUAAAUUACCUUUUAUAAAUGUCAUGGUGGGAUGUGGAAAACCAUCUAUUUCUCCUACAUGCUGCCUUUUAUUUGGUUAACAGUGAGAGCUGUAUGUCUGUUGAAUGUACAUAAAUAUAUAUUUGUAUUCCAGUAAAAUCAUCUUGGCUUUCAUGUCACUGCUUGGUUAUACUGUUAGGAGUAUAAAUAAAGCUACAUGUACUGCUGAUGCUGGGUAGGGACAUAGGUGAUUAAAUAUUUUUUUAUUUUAAAUAUCUUUGAUAUCUUUGCAUGUUUUACAAUUCAGAAUCCUUACACCCAGCACUGUACUAAAACACUAAGAUUACAAAUUUUGGUUUAAAAAAAAUUCAAUUAUCGGUCAAGACUUUAUGAUAUUAAAACCAACCCCUUUUCUUACCUUCUUUUUACGAAGAGCCAUUUAAGUCUUCAGCCCUGUCUUUACCUCCCAUUUUCAGUAUUCAAGAUAAUUUUAUAGUUUAGUUUUAGGUCCUGCCAGAUUUUUACUUCAGGUAAAUGGGCAUUAUCUGAAAGAAACAUGUUUAAAAUAUGUCCCUUGUCAGCAUAGGAAAAAAGGGUUUUGCAUUUAAAAAAAAAAAAAAGAGACCUAGUCACAGAUAAAGCAGCUUCUGUUGUAGUGAUAGAUAUAAUACAAUGACCGAUGUGCAUUUUGCUUAUGCUGCAUUUUGGGUGGGAUGUUGUCUUAACUGCUUUCAUAACGAUUAGGUCUGGCAGUAGAAAACAUGGCUUUUUAAAUGCAUCUUCAGAAAAAAAAGAUUCACUGAACAUUGCACUGUAGAGAAUAUUUUUCACUAUAAAGGCAUAAGCUGUGCUGUAUAUUUCCUAGCCUGCAGAGUGUAUGUGUGGUGUUUUGUUGUACUGGUGCUACUGUACCUUGUUAUUAGCUUUAUUGCCAAAUGUGCAUGUACAUUAUGUAAUUACAUGUUACGCAUAUCACAUUCUCUGCAUGGUUCAGUGACAGGCAAUGCUGAUAUUGUACAAAUAAAUCACAUUUUAAAAACAU